AAGAUCAUUUAAGUCAGAUUAUUCAACAAACCUUGAAGUCGUAUAUAAAACUGUGUAUCAUUAUAUAAAACUGACGGUAUCAUGUUACCCAAAUGUUCUUUCUUGUGAUAACAAAAAAGUCAUGCAACUUCCUAAAUGUGAUUGAAGAUCUUUCGAAUUUUGGAGAACGGAAUGGGCGAAAAUCUUGAUUUAUUUUGAUAUGAAUAUAGAUUAUCUAAAUACAACUCUGAAGAAUUAAACUGGAAAUUACAAAGUUUUUAAAAUGGAACUGACAGGUGCAAAAUCUUUAACACACUCAGUGCUGAAUGCCUCCGAUGGUUUAAUCCAUGACUUUGAAUGCUCCUUGUGCCUUGAGGACAAUGUUAACACCAAGGCCAAGUUCUUCUGCAAAAACUGCUCUAAAGGCUACUGUGUUACAUGUGUUAUUCAUCAUAAUAAACUGUUUAAGAAGCAUGCAGUGCUUGGUCGCAAUGAUGUGGACAAGUGAGUGGGGCAAGGAAACGCUCUUGAGACGUGUGACCUUCACCCAACAAAAGUCAUCGAAAUGGUUUGUGAAGAUCACAUGGAGCUUUGCUGUAGCAUCUGUGUCUCCCUUAACCACAGGAUGUGCCACAGCAUUAGCCUGGUAGAAAACCUGGCAAAGGGCAUACAUGAGCUGGCUGAAUUCAAGCAGCUUCCUGCCAAUGUUAGCAAGCUGACAUCAAGCCUGAACCAGGUCAUACAAGACAUGAAGAAAAAACAACAAUUACUGAAGACAUCUGGGAAGUCCACUCUGAAGGAGAUCAAAGCCUUGAGGGAUACACUAAACCAGCUGCUAGAAGAGCUCGAGAGGAGGACAGUUGAACAGAUGGACAGUGUCCUGGCUGACCUUGAUGAGAUGAUUCAGAAGGACAUUGACUCCUGCACAAACAUUCAUGGGCAACUGAAGGCCUUUCUGGAUAAUGUCCAGUCACAAGACAAAGGAAGUGAGCCCAGCGUCUAUAUUGGAUACAGAAAAUGUCAGGACAAGAUGGCAGACGCCAAAAAGCAGCUUCAUGAGAUGGCCAUCAAAGCAGAGAUGACUGUGUCCUUCCAGCCUGACAACCAUGCUGUAGAAAUACUGACGGACAUGCUAACACUGGGGAAUAUCCAGGCAGAUACUGCAAAAGACGCUAGAAAUCAAUCUACUCUGAGUAAAGAGCACUUGGACACUCUGAAAGCUUUUACUGUGAAAACCAAGAAGACAUAUUCAGUUCAGCAGAAGACAGAUGAUAAAUCCUGUGAUAUAACUGGUAUAACUGAACUACCAGGAGGAGACAUUAUACUAAUAGACUUAAGUAACACUAAAGUUAAGCUGCUGAACAGCCAGUUCCAGGUGAUAGGCAGCUGUGAGGUUCCAAAGCAUCCACAGGACAUAUGCCAUACCACAGGGAAUGAGCUUGCUGUAGCUAUAAACUGUAAUGAAGUCAAACGACAUGCGCUCCAGUUCCUGAGAGUGUUUACAGGCAGCCUGAUAAUGACCGAAAGGUUUUUAGUUGACCAUUGCUGUAACUCCAUCAGACACCAUGAGGGGCAGCUGUAUGUGGGCUCUUACACAGCCCUGUACCUCUACACUGAAGCUGGCCAGCUCAUCAAAGUGGUAUAUGAAGACAAAUCAGGAUACCUUACAGUGAAUCAUUUUGCUCUAAGUAAAGAUUGCAGGAAGAUUUAUAUUCCAGCCUCCAAACGCAAUUCAUUGGUCACCAUUGACAACACAGGCAACAUUCUGGACACUCUUAAGGACCCUGGCAUUAACUGGCCACAAAGUGUACAUGUGAGUGAGGGAGGUCAAGUGUUUGUGUGUUCAUCUGGUUCCCACACUGUGGUGCAGGUUACCCAUGACGGCGGGCAGAAACUGGCUACACUGGUCAGACAGGGAGAUGGAAUAAACUGUCCCAAAACAGCCUGGUACAGCACAAACACUGGCAGACUCAUUGUGGGCGGAGAAUAAGACAAUAUUCUGGUGGUAGAACUGCAGUAGUGUGAUGAUUGUUUUUAGUGUAUAUAUUUUAUCUUGCAGACAUCUGGGUUUUUUUUCUUGUUUCAAAAAAUCCAACCCUCCUUGUAUUAUAAUGUAUACAGAAAUACAAUUCCUAACUCCUUGUAUUAUAACAUUACAAUUUGUGUAAUUGCAGUCCAAAAUAUAAUAAUAUAAUAGUGAUUUUUAACAAUGAAAACGUUUGCAUAUUGGUGUUGUUUGUUUAGAUGUCUCUGCAGAUGUAGAUGGUGACUUUACUUGUUUACUUGCUUGGCUAAAAUAUCACAUAAUCUUCAAAACUGAAACUUCAUCUUAUAAAUACAUAUGCAUAUAAAGACA